AUGGAAGAACCAUUUAGGGUUUUAGACCAUUUGAUUGAGCUUGAACCGGAGGAACUGGAGUGGUUGCUCCUGAAGGCAAACAUGCACAUCUACAACAACAACCACACCAACAUGCGCAAACUUUUCGAGGAAAUCCUCAAGAAAGACCUACUUCGUGAGGAAGUGUUCCACGGCCUUGUCAUGGCGACUUUGCGAUCCAACGAGCUCUUGAAAGGGCUAUUGAAGAGAGUGGAAGAAGCAAAUAAGGUGUGCAAGAAGCAAAAAAGGGAUUCCGAUGUUAGAGACUUCAGGCUCUUGAUUGCGCAAGUUAAAGUCAUGAAAGGAGAUUUCUCUAAGGCACUUAAGGCUUAUCAGGAAUUGGUCAAAGAUGAGCCUAGGGAUUUUAGGCCUUACUUGUGUCAAGGUAUUAUAUAUACCAUCCUUAGGAAGAAAGAUGAAGCUGAUAAACAAUUCAAUAAGUUUUGCAGGCUUGUUCCUAAGGAUCGGUACCACCCUUACAAGGAGUAUUUUUGA